AUGAAUGAAUUUAUUGAAGAAAAAAUAAAGAACUGCUUAGCUUGUCAAGCAAACACUUAUGAAAAGAAAUACUCACCACUAAAUAUGUCAGAACUACCAGUGGGACCAUGGCAAGAUCUAAAUGCAGAUUUCUGUGGACCUCUACCAUCAGGGGAAUAUUCAUUGGUCAUAACUGAUGAAUAUUCAAGAUACCCAAUCGUUGAAAUAGUCCCAUCGGUCUCAUCAAACAAAGUUAUUCCAGUAAUCGACAAGGUUUUAUCUGAAAUGGGUGUUCCAAGGACAAUCAAAACAGACAACGGAAGUCAAUUCAAUUCUGAUGCGUUCCGUAAAUUUGUAAGGUACUGCGGAUUCAAUCACAGAAAAAUUACACCAAGAUGGCCAAGGGCCAACUCACAAGCUGAAAGUUUCAAUAAACCACUUAUGAAAUCUGUGAAAACAAGCUACCUUGAAGCAAAAAAACUGGAGAAAGGAAAUGUUUAG